AUGACUGAUGACUCUGCGGCUGCCACCAAAAACAGGAAUCAAGAGCCAUCAGGGAUCCCUGUCGUAAGUAGAAACUCAUUAGAGUAUGUUGUGCGUUCAGGUUUGGCUGGCGGGAUAUCGGGCUCCUGUGCCAAGACUCUAAUUGCACCACUCGAUAGGAUCAAAAUUUUGUUUCAAACGUCUAAUCCGCAUUAUACCAAAUAUUCUGGGUCUCUGAUAGGUCUUACAGAGGCAGCAAGACAUAUAUGGAUCAACGACGGUAUUCGAGGGUUUUUCCAAGGGCAUUCAGUCACGUUAAUAAGGAUAUUUCCCUAUGCGGCUAUCAAGUUUAUUGCAUACGAACAAAUCCGUAGCGUACUCAUACCGUCUAAGGAGUAUGAAACUCACUGGAGAAGAUUAGCAAGUGGUUCUCUUGCUGGGCUUUGUAGUGUAUUUGUGACAUAUCCUCUGGACUUGGUACGGGUGCGGCUGGCCUAUGUAACAGAGCAUAAUAGGGUGAAGCUGACCAACAUAGUCAAAACCAUAUACCAGGAACCAGCAUCGGUAACCCUUUCUUCAAAGAGUUACAUACCUAAAUGGUUUGCGCAAUGGUCAAAUUUCUACAGGGGGUAUGUUUCCACCGUUUUGGGUAUGAUACCGUAUGCCGGUGUUUCCUUCUUUUCUCACGACUUCUUCCACGACGUGUUCAAACACCCGCUGUUGGCUCCAUAUGCAGUGUUGGAACUCUCAGAGGACGACGAAGUAGUACGGGUUCAGAAGCACCAAAGAACGCCGCUUCAGACCUGGGCCGAACUGGUUUCCGGCGGUUUAGCCGGGAUGAUCUCACAGACGGCGGCCUAUCCAUUUGAAAUAAUCCGGAGGAGAUUACAGGUGAGCACACUGGCUCCUCGGAAUAUGUAUGAGCAUAAGUUUCAGGGGAUCAUGGAGAUAGCCAGGAUUAUUUACUCGGAACGUGGUUGGAGAGGGUUUUUCGUCGGACUGAGUAUUGGCUACAUCAAGGUUACGCCAAUGGUAGCUUGUAGUUUCUUUGUCUACGAAAGGAUGAAGCUUUAUUUGGGCAUUUGA